AUGAGUGAGUCGGAAGCUAAUGUUAAUCCUAAAGCUUACCCAUUAGCCGAUGCAGCUCUGACUGCAAAAAUUUUAAAUCUGGUACAACAAGCAGCAAAUUAUAAACAGCUCCGUAAAGGUGCUAAUGAAGCUACUAAAACUCUAAACAGGGGUCUCUCCGAGUUUAUAAUAAUGGCAGCAGAUGCAGAACCCUUAGAAAUUGUUUUGCACAUUCCAAUAUUAUGUGAAGAUAAAAAUGUUCCGUAUGUGUUUGUAAGGUCGAAGCAAGCUUUGGGGCGCGCAUGUGGUGUAUCUCGUCCUAUUAUAUCUUGCUCAAUUACCAUUAACGAGGGCUCUCAGUUAAAGCCACAAAUACAAAGCAUUCAACAAGAAAUUGAAAGACUUUUAGUUUAA